CGCCCUCAAGGUAAGUUUUAACCUAAUCGCUGGUGUCUGACGUGACAAAUUCAUUCGCAGUGCACGUGCCAGCGCAGAGUACCAAGUGAGUUUAAAGGGCUCCGAACCGGAAGUAAACACGUCUGUACGAAAUUCCAAUUAUACAGCAACGUGGCUUUCUUGUCACAAGCAGAAAAUGAAAAUGUAAACAAAAGCUCUACAAAAGGAACACAAUUUAGGGGGUAACAACAAUAACGAUGAACAAGUCUAAUAUAAAGGAGGCAAAUGAACACCUUCAAAAGCUUUACCAGCGAUUCCAGGACUUGGAAAGUACGGUACAGGAGCAAGCAGAAGCGAUGAUGAGACGGGACGAGGAGGCCGAGUCAACGCUGCGUGAGCUCGGCCGAUCUAAAGACCGCGAGAUCGCUGAACUACGGAGGUCCUUGGAGUCGUCGGAGAUGCACGUUCAGCACCUCUUGGGCUCCUGUCGGGAAAAAGACUCUCAGAUAUCGUUCCUGAAACAGAGGAGUAAAAUUCUAGACGAUGUUUGUCAGGAGCUGCCAUCUUUAGAGAUUCUUGUGGAUACGUUGCGGAGGACCCCGUCAUCCCGGAGUCGACAUGCUUCAGAUUUUGAGCAAGGUGUUAAAGGGACACGUUGGCUUCGGGUUGCGCUUUAUUGGGCGUUUUUGGGCUAUGACAAGCGUUUGAUGUAAAAUGAUUACGGUUGGAAAGAUGUUAAAAAAGUGGAGGAA